CGAAGACCUUCUGUGCUGAAGAACGAUGUCAAAGUCUUCUUCUGCAAGUACAACGACCCAAUAUACGUCAAAUUGGCGAAACUGGAGAUCAUGUACCGCCUAGCGCGAGAAGAGAAUGCGCGAGAAGUACUAGCGGAGCUUCAAGAAUACGCGUCUGAAGUUGAUAUCGACUUUGUCCGUCGCUUGGCCAUCAAAGUACAGCCAGCCGCAGACAGCUGUAUACAGGCCCUGCUUGACCUCAUCGAGACCAAGGUCACCUACGUUGUUCAAGAAGCUGUCAUUGUCAUCAAGGAUGCUGCGGUGAUCUGGAUUAUUGGGCAAUUUGCCAACCGCAUCGACAACGCGGACGAGCUGAUGGAUGACCUCACUUAUACUUUCCUCGAAGAACCCACAGAGGUACAACUCGCGCUCCUCACGGCUGCUGUCAAGCUGUUCAUCUACAAGGCAACAUCGGACACCACCAAGUCUCUCGUUCACAAGGUUCUCAAGUGGGCGACGGAAGAGGUUGAUAACCCCGACCUACGCGACCGCGGUUUCAUGUACUGGCGCAUGCUUGCUAUCAACCCUGCGGUGGCGGGCGAGAUCGUUCUCGCCGAGAAGCCCGCCAUAACGACCGACGCAGAUCGGAUGGACCGCGGCGCGCUGGACCAGCUCCUGCUGCACACUGGGACGCUCGGAAGCAUUUAUCACAAGAACCCUGAGACGUUCAUUCGCAACGCAACGGGCAAGGCCCUGGCCGACAGUCCCGCGCUGAACUCGCUCUCUCGCCAGGUUCUGGUCCCCCUUGCGCGCUCCCAUGGUCUACCGAACACGGUGGUUGUCUCUGGCCCCGGCCCCGCCGAGCCUGCGAAGGCGAGCAACGGCGAGCUCGUCGCGACCGACACGAACGGCGCCGCGGCGCAUGACGGCUCUGCCAAGCCCGGGCCGUCGGCGUCGAGUACAUCCCUAGAGUCACCGAUGAUCGGGAACGACGACGACGAGGGCGUGGUGUCACCCCCGGUGUCUGCGGACCCAUACGCGGGGCUGAACAACGCUUUUGGCGGGUACGUGGCAGACGAGCCGCGGCCGCAGGGCCAGGACCUGCUGGAUCUGAUUUAG